UAGCAAGUGUGUCAUCACGGCAUAUAGCAACAAGGAAAACAUCUUCAAGUCCCAUCCUGGAGAAAUGAAACUUCUUUCAGCAGCUGCAGAGGCUCCCUGGGAGGAAAGAUGGUCCUCAAGGUCUUUACACAUCUUCCUGGGCUGAUCUUGUUUUAUGACUUGUUUGAAAACUGAAGCCUUUUGCCAGGUGUUAAUUAUAGGAGGCAACAAAAACACAGCUUCAAAUAGCAGAAGCAGCAAAGCUGGAGGUUUUAUGGGUGGAAAGAACUCCAAGGGCCAAGGCAAGAAGAGCAUGAUGCUGCUGAAGAGAAGCCAGAAGCUACCUCUAUGGGAAGAAACUCUUCUCUCUGGAAAAGACCCAAGGACACUACUAAAGUGUGGACUGCAGUAUGUCAGUUUGAGCCUCAUAAUGAAGGGUAUGACAAGGGUUCCUGACUUUCUUUGGGGAUUGCCACAGGUCCAGAAACUGAAUCUCUCACAUAACCAACUGGUGAUUCUUCCUCCUGCAUUGGGUACACUUGACAGACUGGUAGUGCUGAACUUGUGUGGAAAUCGUAUGAAAUCUCUGCCAAAAGAGAUUGGGCUGCUCAGGAACCUGAAGAUCUUAUUUGUCAAUAUGAACUGUUUGACUGAACUACCAGCAGAAAUUGGACACUGCAAGAAACUGGAAGUUCUGAGCCUCUCGCACAACCGUAUCUCUCAUCUCCCGCCAAGCAUCACCGAACUAAUAAACCUGAGGAAACUGAACCUUAGCAACAAUCGGUUCAUUUACAUUCCUCUAAGUGUUUUUGCAUUGAGAAACUUAGAUUUUUUACACGUAGGCUGCAACAAACUCGAAAACAUUGGAGACAGUAUCCAAUUUCUAGUCAACUUACAGAUCUUCAUUGCUGACUAUAAUAACAUUCGUGCCUUGCCAAGGUCUAUCUGCUCAGUUGCGGCUCUUGAACUCUUAAAUGUUGAUUACAAUUGUAUCCAGACUCUUCCAGAUGAACUUUAUUUGCUGCACAGACUGCCCAAAAUUGCUUGGAAUCCAAUGGAUAAGGGCUUCCAUAUUUUGCAUAAUCCUUUGUCCAAACCACUGCCGCAGAUCAUAGAAGGAGGACUGGAUGCACUCUACAGCUAUCUCAAAGAUAAAAAUCAGCUCCCAUAAACAUGGGCUUCAUUUGGGAUAGUGGUGGUUGCCAUGUUUCCUCAGUUGUGGUUUUUAAUUUUUCUGACCAGUGAACUUCACUGUGCAAAUCGGAAGCUGGAAUACAGUUGCAAUAAAGUUUACCUGAAAGCAAGUACAUUUAUCCAGGCUGUGCAAAGAAUGUAUUUCUCAAAGAAAUAUGACACCCCUUUCCCAGGGGACAUCCCACAAGCUGAUUGGUUACUUGGCUGGUGAAUCCCAGACUGCCAUUUCUCUGUGAAAGUGAAUUCCCACCUGGAGACGGCGACGUCAGUAGCACCCUCAGCCAAUCAAGGCAUGGAUCUAGACUGGCCCCUCUCCCAGUCAAUCAGGGAGGAGAGCAGCACUUUUGAAUAGCUGUCAUGUUAUAUAAGAAAUCUUGCUUUCUCUGUAUGACAAGACUGUACUUUUGAAGCAUCUGGUUGUAUUUGCAUCUUGUUCAGCUGAGCUAAAUAAACCUCUGUGGCUUGUUUUCAA